AUACAAUAUGUACUCUUUGGUUGUUAAAAAUUCUUAACCUGCCCACAUUCCUUUUGUUUCUGUUGUAUCUUACAAGACUUAUAAUGGUGUGAGGGUUGUCCAGACUUGUCCACUAUGCAAGGCAGGAUUUGCAUCUGUUAUACACAAUGCGAAGUCAAUGCAGAACUAUGAGCAGGUACAUGUACAAAAUAUACUGUUAGAAUUAGAGAACAUUAUUUAGUUUCUACUCAUACAUACAGGCUUGCAAAAAUCCUCCCUUUGGCUGACUCAAUUCCAUAGAUUAAUGUUGUUUACAUUGUUGCUAUCUGGCUUGCCUGUAAAGUGACUACAAAUAAUUACCAAAUAUCGUAUAAUGCAUAAUAGUAUUCGAUCUAACAUUAUAAGUACAAGAAUUAUCUACAAAAUAAAAUAGAUAUUAAUAACAAGAAACAACAUAUGAACUUACUUCUUUGCCUUUGGCCACUGUAUAUCACUUUACAAUACAAAAUAUAAGCCUAUUUCUUUGAACAUUAAACCUCGAAUAAACAACAUAAAACCAACGGCAACAUGUUAUUUUCCCGCUAUUUCUCUGUCAUGUAAUUGUUUCUGUUCAAUGAUGUAGUAAUAUGAAAUAAUUAUUUAUCUAUUAAUUAGCGAAACACUAUAUCUAAUUCACAAUCACUGAUCUAAUAGUAGACGUUCACAACAGAUAACAUUGAGUCACAUGCCUAGUUACUAUUGUUCUAGUUUACAGAAGGAAUCUGCAGAGAAUAUAGAACAAAAGUAAUAAGCAUUAGAGUUUAUAUGUCUAAGAGGUAUUCACUCAUUUAGAUCAUUCAAAGCUUACUCAUAUUACCUUCCUUCUAUUCUAUGAUUCUAUAUGAACAAUGACAAUUAGACAUGUGAGUUAAUAAUCUAAAGUGGUGAACUGGGUAUAGACAAAUGUUAGCCAUUUAUCUAUUGCUAUGUAAGUAGUAGUAGACAUGAUUAAGGUGACCAAUAAACCCUGACCCAUUUUUGGGAAUGGCAAAGUGGAAGUGAUGUUGUGUAUGUGUUUUUUUUUUGUUUUGUUUUGGUUUUUGGUUUUUGGUGUUUGUUUGUUUGUUUGUUUGUUUGUUUGUUUGUUUGUUUGUUUGUUUGUUUGUUUGUUUGUUUGUUUGUUUGUUUGUUUGUUUGUUUGUUUGUUUGUUAUAUAAACCACAUUGCAGUGAAGGAAUGAUUUUGUAUUGCAUGUGCUCUGUAUUUCAUACUGUUAUUAAAUUAAUCAUUUGACAAACAUAUUGCUAUAGCUAUUAUAAGUUCUUUGUAGGUUUGCAUGGUGAUAAAACAUGUAAUACUUUUGUUUGUGUUCCAAACACCACGUAAAUUUAUUACUGCAAAGCUUGACAUUUUAUUAGCACUGAUGAAGACCCAGGCUUACGGAUCAAACACUUUGCAGUAAUAAAUUUAUGUGCUGUUUCCACAAACAAAAGUAUUAUAUAUUGCUAUUAAUUAAAAUUGCAUCCCUAUAUUUUGUCAAUCAUUCAUAUGAAUGUGAUAUGAAAAACAAUCAUUGUGCCACCUUGUAGCACAGGGCCUUUUUUAAGAAUUUGUCCAUGGAAGGGCCAUCUACAAAAGGGGACCAUACUAUAAUGAGUGUGGAGAGAUGACAGAUGGUUGUUGCCCACUUGUUGGUGACAAAAAGUUUUGUCAUACCAUGGUAUGACAAACUGGUUUGGUCUGGGCUUUGCCUCUCCCCCCUCCCCCAGUUAUAUAGUUAAAAAAGGCCGUUGUACCAUAGUACUAUAUUUCCUUUAGGCUAUACAAUAGGGAUACAUCAAGUAUUGGGCCUAAAAAAAAAUACCUGCGAUUCCAAUUCCCGACUGACCCAAUUUUUUUUUGCUGACCCUAUUACCUGUAUUUUUUCAAUGCGAUUGACAGUGCGACCCUAUUUUCUCCGGGUGGUUGCGGGCUGCUGCCAAAAUGGCAUCUGUUGUCACACUAAUUAUUGGAAAAACCAUGAAACCGACCCUAAUUUUUUCGCGAUAUGAAACCGGAACCACAGGUAUUUUUUUAGGCCUUGUGACAGGCAGGCAACAUGAAGGCCCAAUCGAUGUUGGGGAGACUGCAAUCCGACAGCCUGUUCACAAAAUGACACUAAAUAAUGCUCUGCAGACAUAAAUAAUGCUCUGCAGUUGGCUGGGUAUGACCGUAUGAGGUGGGUCAUUGUGCAUGCAACCAUCACAAACAAGUUGAAAACUCUAUUAUAUAUGAAAUUUAUGUAAAAGCAGUGUUGUUAUAUAUUUACAGUAGUUCCUUAGAUUUUAUGUAUUCCAAUCUAUUAUCUAUGUAAAUUCCCUGCAGUAGCUGUUCUCUCACCAUGGCAAGAUAGUUCCAUCAUAGCUGAAGAAGCUGCCAGUUUGUGACUUUUGUAAUGAUGAGAUGACCUUCACGACACUAGAAACUGACUUGUCAACAGUGAGUGGUGCACUGGAGCCUCCCAUAUCAGUUUUCACCCAGCCUGGAUGUACUGAAACAACUGUAAUACCAUCAUCAGCAAAUUCACCACUUACAGCUUUCGUAACCAUAUUCAAUGCAGCUUUUGAAACUUUGUAUGACAAUUUGUAUGCAUUAGUGAUAUUGUCUAUUGAGCCCAUAAUUGAUGAAAUAUUGACAACUGCUGCCUCUGGUUGCUCACCUGGUUGCUUCAUUUCGGCUGCUCGUUUCAAUAAAGGUCGGAAAGCCUUGGUUAUCAUACAUGGAGCAAUAGUAUUCACAUCAAAAGUACGCCGCAUUAUGUCAGGACUUACUUCAUCAAAAGUCUCCUUUAAAUUCAUCCCGGCAUUAUUUAUGAGCAGAUUUAAACCAGCCUCCUGAACAAUAUCUGAUACUUGUUUCACCAGUUCGGGCAAACGAGGUCCAGAAACAUCAGCCAUAUCAAAUUCCAGCACAUGUAUAUUGGAAUUCGUCUCAGCUAAUUUCUGUAACUCUUGUGCGUUCUCUGCUUUCAAUGAUCUACAUGUUGCAAUGAUAUGUUUUGGAACAGUAGAUGAAUGUAAAAUAUGUUUGAUCAUAUUCAGACCAAGACCUCGAUUGCUUCCAGUGAUGAAGACCGAUGAAAACGGGAAAGACGCCAUUUUCGAAUCAACCAUGUAAAACUGGCAACAGUUGAGACAUUCCUUAAUUUCCCCCCCAAAAUUCCUUUACUUCACUAGUUACUCGCUAGUUACCCUCUUCUUCGCGUGUGUUGAUUGUUGACUGUUGACUGUUGACUGUUGACUGUUGACUGCAGAGUGUUGACUGUUGACUGUUGACUGUGUUAUUAAUGUUACUUUGCAAUUUCAUUUAAUUCUCAAGAAUAAUGCAAGAGGUUGUUUAUUUAUCUUUAGAACAAAAUAAUGUCUCGAUGAUGGUGCGAAUCCAAGUGUCCGACCCAACCUCGUUCCCAGAUACCCUGGAACGAGGUUGUGUUCGACCCUGGAUAUAUCUGCCCCAUUUUAGGUACAUGUGAUGAUGGCUCUGCCUCUGCUCUCUGCGUACGAAAUUGACCGACAAGGCGGGAAAUUUUGGUGCGAUAAGGCAAACCGGCAUUUCAUUUUCAGAUUCGUGAUUCCAUUUUCACAUUCGAAUUAUCUAGAAGCGGGGGAGUUUAAGCUUCACGUUUCCGGGAACGGCAAACGGCAGGUUCGAACUUUCUUGGCAAAAUUUUCGUUGAACGUUUUCGUUUCAUAUUUUCUUUCUUGUGUCGAAAGAAUAAUCAUGCAUUGCAGUUUUACUGAAACAGCAAGUUCAUUUGCUCUUUAUUGCCUGAUACAGGGGCGUAGCCAAGGGGGGGCAAGGGGGGGCGGUCGCCCCCCCAAUCGCAAAAAAACUAUUCUCUGAAAAAGGCUAAAUCCGUAGAGAAAUGGGGGGGGGGGUACACGUUACAUCCUCGAAGCUGAAAGGGAUUAAGUACGUCUCGACUGAGGAAAACGACGAAAUACUGGAAGAACUUGAUUUCUAAAAUCUCGUUAAAACAGUUGUAGAUAUGGUUCCAAGAGGAAUAGAUUUAGUUCAGAUUUACAUGUAUAUGCAUUAUGAUAACAUGAAUAUUCUUCUCAGACUUAUUCUGUAUCAUAUAUAAAAGCGAGUAGAAACUUAGAAAUGUCUGGGAAAAUUUAUGUCUUCGACGUACUUUAUAAUCUUCGGGAUUCUGCAAGAUUUCACCCCCCAAAUGCUUGAAAUCACAUUUCAGGGACUCUAAAUUUUAAAAUUUUCCCUGGGGUGCAUGCCCCCGAACCCUCCUAGAGCGUACUUUAUAAUCUUCGGAAUUCUGCAAGAUUUCACCCCCAAAAUGCUUGAAAUCACAUUUCAGGGACUCUAAAUUUCAAAAUUUUCACGAGGGUGCAUGCCCCCGGACCUCCAUAGAUGGUCUCGCGCCUUCGGCGUUCGCUUCGCCCCCCCAAAAAUGAAGGUCUGGCUACGCCACUGCCUGAUACCGUAAACUUUUUCUUUGCCUGGCGUUUGCCGUAUAACCCGAAGUUUAAAUGAUGGCAAACGUUAAAGUUUUUGAUUUUACAACUCUAUCAGUAUAACAGCCGUUUUACACCAGAUUUGAAAUAAAUAAAACAAUUAUUAAACUUGUGGUAUUUAACAAUGAUUCAAGAAAACAAAUUUUAAACUCUACUCAUGGCCAAAGCAGUAAAUUAAGAUUUCGUAGAGUAUCUUUCAUGCUUUAACGACUACGUGACUAGUGGUUAAUUUGCUUUCUUAAAUCAUUGCUAACUAAGAGCACAAGUUUAAUAAUUGUCAGUUUAAUAUAUUUCAAAACUGGUGUAAAAGCUGUUACUGAAUAGAGUUGUAAAAUCAAAAACUUCGUUAGUGGUUUGACGUUUGCAAUAAACGUCAAGCUAAACUCCUAAAGGUCUCUAAUUAAAAGUUAUAAAACGGCAAUAACGGAACGGUAAACGGCAUAGCCUAUUGAAGGAAAGAUGGCUGUGAAACUCGUUAGAAUAACAAUAUAACUCAUUUGAUUAUCUAUCACUACAGUAAUAGUGUAAUAGUCAACGUUUAUGCACCUAUCAAUGUUAAGCCCCAGAGGGGGAGGGGGGUCGGGCAUAGGUGGGGCAUUUGAUUUUUUGAGCAAAUUUUCAAUCAAAUGCCCCACCGUCGGGCAAUAAAUAUUGGUCAAAUGCCCCACCAUUUUGCAAUAAAUUGCAAUAAAUAGUAUACUAAUAAAAGUCAUUCGGUUCAAAUUGCCCCAACUCGGGACCAAAAUGCUGAUCAAAAUCCCCAGGCUGGGGAUGCAAUUGAUGAUCAAGCCCCACAUAUGCCCGAUCCCCCCCCCCCCCGGGGGUUAACAUUGAUAGGUGCAUUAUUAUUCAACAACCGAAAAAUAUUCAACAUUUAAUAAUGAAUGAAAAAACCCUGAAAAACCCCAAGGGAAUCAGUAUGUUUUGUGGACCCGAGACCGCCACAGUUUCUCGAGGCGGAGCCGAGUCUAGGGUCCACAAAACAUACUCUUUCUUUCAGUCCCAGUCAAUAUAAAGCGCAAUGUUCAGCGCGGCCUAAAUGCUAAAAUGAAUUGCUAAAAUGAAUUGCUAAAAUGAAGAAUAGCAAAGAAUAGCAAAGAAUAGAGAAAAGCAUAGCAAAUAAUUUGAGGUACCUCCUGUGCAGGCAUCGCCUUAGUGGCGGGCAAAAUUUAGUUGUAAAAUUUGAAAAUCAAAUUAUGAAUAUCAUCUGUCACUUUCUAGAUUCGAAUCAGUGGAAAUGUAGUUUGCCUUAUCGUCAAUUUGGACAUGAUUGCUCUAAAUUCCUCUUUUCAAGGAUAAAUGUUUUACGAAUGACGAUCUUGAGUGGAGAUUACAUGAAGUUUUACCUCUGUAACGAAAAAUCAAGAUGGCGACAAUAAAGCAAUUUGUAAAUAAUUAUAAAAAUAAUGGAGGACUGUGACUGGACAGAUUUGCCUUCCACCUCUUCUGGUUUGCUCGGUAUUGACGAGAAUUACAUUACAGAUAGUUCUCCAGAAAUCAGUGAAAAGAAGGAAGAUCUGCCCGAGCAUGAAAAUGAAAAUGAUAGUGCAAACAACACAGAAAAUAACAGUAGUGAAGACUGUGAAGUGGGUGGCAAAGUUACGAAGAAGGCUGCUUCAAACGAGAAGCAAGAAAAAGAGUCCUGUCCAAUUUGUUUGAGUUCAUUUGAAGAUAGAUCAUUUCUUGAUCAAUGUUUUCAUAUCCUUUUUUUAACAUUUUCAUAG